AUGUCAGAGACCAAUGCAGAACCGGGGCCGUCUACGGUCAAGGAGAUAAGAAUAACAACCCAUGGCAAGAUCAAAACUUGGGUCGCUUUUGCGUUAGAACACUUCAAGAAUCACGAGGCCGCGCCCUUAGUGUUACACACAUUGCCCGCGUCCAAAGGCAAGGCUCCAACCGUUGAUGAUCAGGCAGGCGUGCAAGACGAUGCGCCUCAAGGCCACCCGCCUGGGGAAAAAGACAAUGUCGCUCGACCGAAAACCAACGGCUUGCAUCCAACGAUGUCGACCAUCCCUCGACUGAUCUCGGUCGUGGAGAUUAUCAAGCGAGAAUAUCUCAAGACGCUGGACCCCACGCUCGCGCGACAAGGAUCGUUGUCUGGACUCCACCAAUACAACGAGAUUGGUAGCCUGGAAGGAGAGGGGCUUCUUGAAGGAUCGGGCAACGACGAGCAGGAUAGACAAGAGGCCCUGUUACAGGCGCUCUCAGGAAGAAACCAUCUGAAGCAAAAGAGAACAGCAUUCAUGCGGGUGACGCUGUGCCGAAAGGAGGCCCCCGACUUGGUGCGAAGGGGCGCUACGUACCAGCAGCCGGCUGUGCGCAAGCUGACCAAGUCUACGCGGGCGCGGCUGAAGAAGAAGCAGAACAAGGCAGAGAGGGCUCAGGCCGGGGUUAGCGUUUAA